AUGUCAAGUAAGCUUGAUGCUAUGGCUACCCACAACAUGUUAGAAACUCAAAUUUCUCAAGUAGCCCAACAACAAGCAACUAUAGCAGCCCUCGUUGGAACUUUUCCUGGCCAAGCACAACCAAACCCAAAAGGUCAUGCUAAUGUUAUUACUUUACGAAGCGGAACAGAGUUAGAUGAACCAAUUGACCCGAGACUCCAAAAUCUGUCCAUGUAUCAAAAUUCUGGAAAAGGAACCGAAAAGAUAAACGAGCCAAAGAUUAAUGAUAAAAAUGACAAAAGCGAAGAGGCCACAGAGAAAGAAACACCUUACGUGCCUCUGCCACUAUACAAGCCACCUAUACCUUUUCCUCAAAGACUAGCUGAAUCCAAAAAUGAAGGACAAUUCAAGAAAUUCAUAAAACUUCUGAAACAUCUAAACAUAACCAUACCAUUCACAGAAGUUAUCACGCAAAUUCCUUCAUAUGCCAAAUUUCUUAAAGAAAUUCUAUCCAAUAAGAAAAAGUUAGAAGAAAAUGGAACUGUUAUGCUCACUGCUGAGUGUAGCGCUAUACUUCAAAAUAACAUGCCUCCUAAACUAAAAGAUCCAGGUAGUUUUUCCAUACCCAGUGUAAUCGAAAAGUUUGUCAUAGAUAAUGGUCUAUGCGAUUUAUUUGCCAGUGUUAGUUUAAUGCCGCUAUCCACAUGUAAGAAACUCAAUUUAGGCGAACUGCGACCAACAAAAAUGUCUUUAAAACUAAUGGACCGUUCUGUUAAACAUCUGAUAGGUAUGCUAGAGAAUGUACCCGUUCGUGUUGGUCAGUUCUACAUUCCUACUGAUUUUGUCAUAAUGGACAUUAAAGAAGAUUGGAAUAUACCCAUCACUUUAGGAAGACCAUUUUUAGCAACAUCCGGAGCCAUUAUUGAUGUUAAGAAAGGAAAGCUAACUUUUGAAGUUAGUGAAGAAAAAGUUGAGUUUAUUUUAGCCCAAUUUCUAAAAGCUCCGGGUAUAGAUGAUUCAUGUUGUUUACUAGAUGUUAUAGACGAAUACAUAAAAGAAAUGGAGAUGCAACCAUCAGAGUACAUUGAUGCACUCAAGAUUCCAUCACCUCCAAUAUUCGAAGAUGAUAAUUGGAAAGAACCAUUCGUAGAUGACAGUCUUAGAGAAUGUCAAGCAUUAAGACCAGAUCCAAUGCCUUUCCCGAAGAAACCUUCUAUAACUUAA